AUGGAAGUAGGGAAGGUACAAUUGUCAAGGGAAGCACAUUCCACUACCCUGUGUCGCUCUCAUAGUCUUUUCAGCCUUUCUGCGUUUUCCGCUUUCAGGUUUCAUCUCCCGCCAGCCAGUAGAACGUGUAUCUGUAUUUCGACUUCAUUGCAUUGUCGUUACUAUAGCCGGAAUCUGCCGUGGAGGGUUAUCUCUGCCGCAAACUGUAAUAAGGUUAUCUCUGCAAAAGUGCCUAAGCCUUCCAAGGGCAAAGAAAAUAAUGUCUUUGAGCCGACACAGCAAUGGAGGGUCAAGGAUAGUGGAGAACAAACCUUCCUUCUUGCUAAUGUUAAUUUGGGUGAUGCACAAAAUUGUGACACUCAAAAUGAUGUCCCUAGAAAUAUUCCUGAGAAGAUCUCUGAAGAGAGUAAAUAUAAUGCAUCCGCUACCAGAUCAAGUACUAAAAUUUCACCACAAAACUCGUACCUUUAA